AUGCCUCUGCUAGAUAUAUUAAAGAAGAAGGAAAAGGUCGCCGCUCAGCAGAAUGCGCACUCUCCUGACGCCGCUGGAGGACCUCCUGCUCUUGGAGUGCCCGAAUUCACAUUUAUGAGGAGCGACACGAAUACGCAGGAGAUCCUAUACCAUCCUUCCAUUACCUCCGAAGAGUCAUCGAAGCUGGAUCCCACUGCAGACCGGAAUUCAACGUCAAAGACCUCGAGGUUGUUCAAAGGGCGGUCGAGAAGCUCCUCUGCCGUCUCUGCCGUCUCUGCCUCCGGACUUAGCGACUCGAGGCCCAAGUCCCCGAAGAGAUUAUCCCAGCUUCUACAUAUAAGAAAAUCCGAUAAUACUUCCGCGAAUGUACCCAGCGAUUUACCUGAGAUUAAGGCGGGCGAUGGACAGGAAGGCGGGGAAGGCACAGAGUCACAGUGGGAGAAGAGGGCGACGAUGCUGGCAAUGGGGAAUGAAAUAUCAAGAAGUCGGCCGCGAACACCAUCUACGAGUAACGCAGGCCCUGAAGCUGCGCUGAAUAGCUUGACAUUGGGAGCGGCUUCUGGCGGUGAGAAGGGAGUUGUGUCCGAGAAAACGGAUGAUAAUAUACAAGAAGCUAUCAGACUUCAUGAAGCUGGGGAUUUAGCAACUGCUACACGGAUGUUUGGGCGGUUGGCAGAUCCCAAUGGCGAGAAUAAUGCUUUGAGUCAGGUGCUGUACGGACUUGCUCUACGGCAUGGUUGGGGUUGUGCUCCCAACGCUGCGGAAGCAGUUCAAUAUCUGUCGGCAGCAGCGUCGAACGCGGCAUCGGUUGAGGACCUCGCCCUCCAAGCUGGCAUGAAGAAAGGGGGCAAUGCUAAGGGAGAGCUCGUUCUCGCAAUAUUCGAACUUGGCAAUUGCUUUAGACAUGGCUGGGGUGUAUCAGUGGACAAAGUGGCAGCCAAACAGUACUACGAAACGGCCGCGAAUCUAGGCGACACUGAUGCGAUGAAUGAGGUAGCUUGGUGUUACAUCGAGGGGUUUGGGUGCAAGAAAGACAAGCAAUGGGGCGUACCCCACGCACUAUCAUAUUCAUCAUCCUUCAGCCAUUCAGAUACGAACAAGGCUGACAUCCUAACCCCAAAGUGGGCAGCAGCAAAAUACUACAGGCUCGCCGAGAAAGCCGGGAGCAAGACGUUGGGUAAUUCUUGGAUUUGGAAGGAAAAAUACGAUGCCCCGAAGAAGAAGUGA